AUGAACUUCUCCCUGCAAGAAGCACGUCAGUUGCAACCAACCAAUCUGUUGAUGACGACUAUGGAAUUAAGUCGGAAUGUUGAAAAAUCCAUUGAAUCAUUCAUGCAGCCUUCGUCCAUCAGACUCACUCCUCAAGAAUUGUCAAAUUUUGUCAAUUCAAUCUUGAAAGUAGGUGUAUGUGACCUGUCAUUUUUGACUGAUCUAACUCCUCAUUUGAUCAAUUGGAUUAUCUAUAUUAAGCAAGCUUAUCCUGAUCUCACUAAAGAUGAUCCUUGUGUAAUGUCUCAGUUGAUUUUACUUCUUCAAACCAUCUUCUCUACUCCUGUUGCAGCUUCUGUUGUCAUUAAAGAAAUCAGAAAGGGUGCGUUUGCCUCCAAAAAUCAUGUCACUGCUCCUUUAUCGAAAACAGCAAUUCCUGGUACUCCCUCUAGUAAAUCCACUACUUCAAGUAUUGAAACUGCAACCUCUAAAGGUACCAGUAGUGUCACUAGGUCUUGCUCAGCUUAUGGUUCCCUUAUUGGCCUGGACUCUUUUUUGGUCUCGAAUGACCUAAUACGUCAAGUGGUCUUUUUGGACAGUGCUAUCAACUAUAAAAUUGGGUUUGGAUUUGACACUUUCCUUCACUACGUUUCAGAUGUUGUUUGCGCCGCUUUAGAGGCACUAGACCUCUUAAGGUCAAUGAGAACAGAAAUUUCCAACCAAAGAGUUAUUGAAACGCCUGAUUCUGUCAAGGCACUCUACUUGCUAUCAGAUUCUCUUCGUUACGGUAGUUUCUUUGGCUGUAUGGCCUUAGCAACAUACAAUGAUGCUCCAGAUUUAUUGCGCUUUGUAACAAAGUCAAACCAUACCGGAUUACCUUAUUGGGAUAGUUUUGUUUGCAACAUAAUACGGAUAGGGAAUUCCAAAUCAGUUUAUGCCUGUAUCAAAGAAACAACAAGUAUCUCUCAGACCCAGAACUUGAGGUUUUCAAACUGCUUCCUCUUACAAUUUCUUGAUCAUGAACCUGAGUUUGAGCUUGUAUUUUCAAAGUGCAUUCCCACAUUGAUGCUCCUUGCUGUACGUACUGUACAUGAGGCAACUCCAGAAACUCGUAAUUUGUAUCAAGCAUUUAAUGAAGCUCGAUCAAAAUUAUCAGUUAACUCCUUCUGCUGCAUGUUGAAUUAUGCUGUCUGUAAUAAUGUGAUGCGAACUUUGAAAAGUAAUCUUCCAUCCGUUAUUGUUUCUGAAUUUUCAGGGUUCAAGUUACCUCCUUUAGCUAAAUGGGAUUAUACUUUUAGUGAAGAAUCUUUCAUUUUGGAGGGUGACGACGCCAAGCAAGUUAACAUGCGAAGCCUUUUUGAGCUAUUGGUUAUUAAUUUGGACACAUUUAUGGCAACUAUGGAACGGGAGCUUAUUGUGUUAUCAUCAUUUGAAGUGGAUUCACUGAAAUUUCUUCUCGAGAAGUUAAUUCAAGCUAAACUUACAACGUGUAUGCAUUCUUUGGCCGCAGCAUUGCUUUUACUAAACGUUUUCAAAGAUUCCGAACCAAAAUUCUUGCACCAGGUACUUGAGCAAAAAGUUUACCAAGCGUUCUGGUUUCUAUUAAGCUUACCAACUUCAAAUCCUGAAUUGGUAUGGUUGCUGCUUAUGAACUUGGUCAAUGAUAUUUGUAAAGAUGAUUUAAAGUAUACUCGUCUUUUCGAGAAUUUACUUAUCUCUUUGGUGAAGAAAGAUAACGGAAUUUUGAAGACUAAUUCCAUCAUAUCCUUAUUAAGUAGGUUUGCAACUACCUUUGCAUGCCACUUACUUCUUUCAAACCUUGGAAUCUCAAGCUUCAAUACUAACCAUAUGGACUUGGUAGUUCCUCAAUCCGAGGUCGCAAGAUUACUUGGAAUUCAGAAAUCUUUACCUUCUCAAGUUCCCUGUAAACGAGCCCAUUAG